AUGGCGGCUCCCUUGUCUCUGCAGCUGGAGUGCGGAGGUGGCGCGGAGCUCUUGUUUGGUGGGAUCAGAAAGCAUCAGGUGAUGCUGGUGUGGAUUAAAGGGAACCUGUUGAAAGAGAGGCCAGAACUGUUUGUGCAGGGAGAUUCUGUGCGGCUGUGAAUCUGUGCAGAUUGGGAGUUGAUGGGGGAGCUGGACUAUCUGCUCCAAGACCAGGAUAACGUCGUUUUCAUCUCCACCUUGCAUGGUGGCUAGACUGCUGGGAGUAUGAAAAAGUACAUUGGUG